AUGUGCAAGCUGGAUGAGACGUUUACUCUGGGAGCAUUCUCCUCAAGAGCGUUCUCGUCAACCCCAACAUCAAGAUGUCGUCUGGUUCAAAAAGCUCCAACAAUCCCAUCAGCGGCAUUGGAUCUCAUCAAUGUCCUGAAUCCCGCCAGAUAUCUGUCCAAACGUCCAGAACCCUCAAGGACCAUCCUUCAUAAGUUCAAUGGCUCCAUUCGAGGUGGGGAAAUGCUCUUGGUUAUUGGAAAGCCUGGAAGCGGUUGCACUACUUUCCUAAAAGCCAUGGCCAACAUGCGCGAAGAGUACAAAUCUUUUGAAGGACAGAUCGUAAUUGGUGGCCGGGAUGCUAUCGAAACGAAGCAAACGUCACCUGGCCAUUUUGUCUUUGCCGGUAUGAUAUCUCAUUCCUGCAUAAAUCGCUUGUCUGUGGAAAAGACAUUAAGAUUUGCACUGACUACACGCACGCCAAUGAACGUCCCGGAUCGUCGAAACCGCAUUGAAAAUGAUCUAGAAGCCCUUCUCAAGCUUAUGGGUCUACACAAUGUAUCGAAAACUCAAGUCGGAAACGAUUACAUCCGAGGGGUGAGUGGAGGAGAGCGUCGAAGAGUGACGCUUGCGGAAGCAAUGGUCACUCGAGCAGGUCUUCUUUGCUUCGAUAAUCCCACAAGAGGACUUGAUUCAGCUACUGCGUCCCGAUUUCUCAAAGUUGCACGACGAGUUACGGAUGAGACGAACUGUGUGACAGUAAUGAGCUUAUAUCAAGCAAGCGAAUUGAACGCAAAAUACUUCGACAAAGUUAUGGUAAUCAAUUCUGGGCGUGAGAUAUAUUUCGGACCAGUAUCGGAAGCAAAAGAAUACUUUGAAGCGCUGGGGUUCUACUGCCCACCUAGCACAACAUUGCCGGACUUUUUGACAUCCAUGUCAGGAGACCCCUCAAGUCGUUCAGUUCGGAAGGAUUUCAAGGGACAGGUACCUCUAAGUGCCGAGGAUUUCGAACGUGCCUUCAAAUCAAGUCAACGAGGAGUGGCUCUGAAAACUGAUGCGAAAACAUUGCCACAGUCGUCGAAGCCGAUUUCUUUGAAAGGUCCUAGUCAGAAAUACUUUGUUCCCUUUCACAAACAGGUUUACGAAUGCACUAUCCGUCAUUUCCGUAUCAAUUUCACCGAUCGAACAACGUGGGUUGCUGAAGCCACAGGAACCUUGGUACAAGCACUUAUGCUGGGAACUCUUUUCUUCAAUCAACAGAGCACGACUCUGGGACUGUACACUCGCGGGUCGGCGAUAUUCUUCUGUGUGCUUAUAAUGGGCUUGCAGGCUUCUGCAGAAUUCGGGAACACAUUUGCACAGAGGCCUAUUUUGCUGAAACACAAUGCCCUCCGAUUUUAUCGGCCUUCAGCAUAUGCCCUUGGACAAAUUUUCGCUGACAUUCCAUGGAAGGUUGUGUUUGUGCUCUACAACUUACCUAUCUAUUGGAUGGUCAACCUCAAGCGCAGUGCAGGACACUUUUUUAUUUGGCUGUUUGCGCUAUACAUGACGAUGAUGGCACUUGGUGUCGUAUUCCGUUCUAUUGCCGUAUUCACCGUUACGCCUGGAAAAGCCAUACUGCCAGUCGGUCUGAUGUUGAAUAUUCUCAUUAUCUAUACAGGAUUCUACGUGACUCCUCCUGGAAUGAAGGUCUGGCUCUCUUGGAUUCGCUAUCUCAACCCGAUGUACUACGGAUUUGAAUCCGUUAUGCUCAACGAAAUCGCAUCCUCGAGCUACGGUUGUAGCACUGCCGAUAUUGUCCCCACCGGAGCCGGAUUCAGUGAUUCUCAAUUCCAGUCCUGUGCACUGUCUGGAUCUUCUCCUGGAGAUCUACUUCUCAAAGGGACCGCAUAUAUUGAGACUUUCUACGAUUUUCGGGAUUCUCAUUUAUGGCGCAAUGUUGGUAUCAAUGCUGGAUUUUUCCUGUUCUUUUCUGUACUUGUUGCUAUUGGUAUGGAAGGCUUCAAGGUACCAGCCGGUCAACUUGCGACUGUCUUUUUCAGUAAAGAGCCUGUCGCAGGCGGAGAUCGUUCUACAGACAUCGAAAAAGCGAAUUCGGAUGUCGGUACUGAAGCAGAGAAGUACCAUGAAGCAGAUGCCAGUCAUAGGAGCAUCGGAAAACCACAGACAUUUUCCUGGAAGCAGCUUUCACUAGAUGUUGAUGUAGCAGGAGAGAAGAAAAGGAUCCUGCACGACAUAUCAGGAUACCUAGCGCCAGGUUCGUCUACAGCGCUUAUGGGACUUUCUGGCGCCGGAAAGACGACUUUACUCCAUGAGCUUUCACAGCGUGGGAGUUUUGGGGUCUUGACAGGCAAAAUGUUCCUUGAUGAUGGGCCUUUGCCCAGAUCUAUGCGGCGGCGAUCAGGAUUCGUCCACCAGCAAGAUAUCCACCUCGACACUUCGACCGUCCGUGAGGCACUUCAGUUGAGCGCUUAUCUUCGCCAGCCAGCAGAUAUCUCAAAGGCUGAUAAAGAUGCGUAUGUCGAGACCGUCCUGUCGAUGCUAGGGAUUGAGAGUAUCGCCGAUGCCUUGAUUGGUGUGCCAGGUUCAGGCCUCGAUCUUGAGCAACGCAAGAGGCUUAGCAUUGGUGUAGAGCUCGCCGCAAAACCAGAUCUAUUGCUAUUCCUGGACGAGCCUACUUCUGGCUUGGAUGCUAAUUCUGCUAUGUCAAUCAUCAGAUUGUUGCGAAAACUCUCAAAUCUCGGACAAACAGUGCUCUGCACCAUUCAUCAACCAUCCGCAGAGCUAAUGGACUACUUUGAUAAUCUUUUGUUGCUUGUCCCAGGCGGGAAGACGGCUUAUUUCGGGCCUCUUGGGGCCCACUGCGAGAGCGCCAUAGAUUAUUUUGCAAGACAUGCUCCUCGAUGUGGUCCUGAGGAAAAUCCCGCAGAAUACCUUCUCGAUCAGACAGUAAAUCCUGAAUAUGAUUGGUCACAGAUUUGGAACGAGUCGGACGAGCGAAAGGCUCUACUUCAGAAAUUUGACAGGCAAACCACUGAAAAGGCAGCCCCUGAAACAAAUGACCAGAACCUCAAUUCCUUUGCGACUGGGUAUGUCCAGCAGAUCCUGAUUGUCACUCAGAGGGCAUUCCUGAACUAUUGGCGGGAGCCAACAUAUGUCCUCUCUAAAGUUCAGCUCAACAUAUCCAUGGCACUCAUGAAUGGCCUUACAUUCCUCCAACUAUCUUCCAGCCUUACGGACUCCAGAAAUCGAAUGUUCUCCAUCUUCGUCAGUGUCAUCACAGGACCUGUGCUGAGUCUUUCCGUUGAACCUCGCUUUAUCAUCCUCCGUGAUCAAUUUCUGGCGCGGGAGAAAGAUAAUAGGGCGUAUAGCUGGGUCGCCUUCGUCAUGAGUGCCAUCUUAGUCGAGCUUCCAUUCACUCUGUUAGGGGGCCUCAUCUACUGGGUCCUCUGGUACUACAUGGUUGGCUACUUUGGUGAAACAAGCCGUGCAGGCUAUUCUUUCGUCAUGUAUGAACUCUACUCAGUAUUCGUCACCAGUCUAGCUCAGCUCAUCGCCGCCAUCUUUCCCGUCGUCGGAGCGGCCCACGUAGCUACGGGCUUCGUCUGGCUGAUGGUCAACACAUUCAACGGUCCGUUAUCGCCUCCACCACUCACACCCAGGGGUUGGCGAUGGUUCUACAAUAUAUCGCCAUUAUUCUACUACGUUGAAGGCAUGGCUUCUAAUGCCAUGCACGGAUUGAAGAUCCAAUGCACGAGUUCCGAAACUACAAUCUUCAAUAUCCCAAACUCGACGACUUGUGCACAAUAUACCCAAGAUUUCCUCAACUCUACGGCCUCUACAGGGUAUCUUCUCAAUCCGUCUGGAGUCUCGCAGUGCGAGUAUUGUCCUUAUGAUGGAGGAGAUUCUUACAUCGCGCAAUACGAUUUCAACUACAGCAAUCAUAGUCGAAAUGUCGGUAUAUUCAUAGGUUUCAUCCUCUUCAAUUAUACCAUGGUCUUCUGUGCGACAUACUUGAUCUAUCUCAAGAAAUGGAAGAAAUCCACAAAGAACUGAGUGAGGCCUGGGCUUUUGAUUGUCUUGUGAGUUGUCGAGGCGGACAAGGCGGUAUGGACUCAAGAACGCUGAACGGCGGGUAUCACGGGGUCGAUGUAAAUCAUAUUAAUAGAACUCCUUGCUUGACCGCAUUACGCAUAUCUAGGAAACACACAUAUCGAGCUUCUAUAGAUAGUAUAGAUAGCUAAAAGGCCAGAAACAAAUUGAUCAAUUG